AUCUAUGGAUCUGAAAAUGUGACCCUGAUGUUUCAUUGGCUCAUGCAUAUGCCUGACCAAAUAUGGCUCUUCAGUACUCUUAAUGGAUUCUGGACCUUUCUGUUCAAAAGGUUGAACAAAAUAUUGAAAUCCAUUGAGACAAAUGGGCAUAAGCAUGGGAUGUUGGAGAUCACCUUUGCACAUGAGUUC